AUGGCUUCAUGCUGCCUUCUGCUGUGCUUCUCCGCCCUGCUGGUGGGUUUCCACGGAGCAGAUGGGUUUCUGUAUUAUAUGCUGGGCACAUGUGUGUUCACCUCCUCUGAGCUUGCUGACAUAGAGUUCAUAGACUCUUAUUAUUUCAAUAAGGUGGAAUAUAGCAGGUUUAACAGCACCGUGGGGAAGUUUGUUGGGUACACUGACUAUGGUAUCCGGAACGCAGAGUACUGGAACAACGACCCUUCAGGGAUGGCACAGACGAGAGCUGAGAGGGAGCGGUACUGCAAACACAAUGUAGAGAUAGAUUACCAAGCUGCACUGGAUAGGACAGCUGAGCCCACUGUGAGACUGACUUCAGUGACGCCCCCUAGUGGCCGACAUCCGGCCAUGCUGAUGUGCAGUGUCUACAACUUCUACCCCAAAUACAUCAGCGUCACCUGGCUGAGAGACGGACAGCCGGUGACCUCUGACGUCACUUCCACCGAUGAGCUGGCGAAUGGUGAUUGGUACUACCAGAUCCACUCCCACCUGGAGUACACGCCCAGGUCUGGAGAGAAGAUCACCUGCAUGGUGGAACACGCCAGUUUCCCCUCUCCUAAGAAAGUGGACUGGAAUCCCUCCAUGCCACAGUCAGACAGAAACAAGAUCGCCAUCGGAGCCUCCGGUCUGCUUCUGGGUUUGAUUUUGUCUUUGGCAGGUCUGAUCUACUACAAGAGGAAGGCCAGAGGGCGUGUUCUGGUUCCGACCAACUGAAGGAGGAAGUGAAGCUUCUUCCUCGUUGGUUUUUCUGGUGGAAGUUCAGUGUGUGUUGCUUCACCUGAAGCACCUGUUUUCGCCUGGAUUGUCAGUGCUGCCCCCUGCUGGAUCUCAUCACCUCCUGCUCGUAUUCUUACUAACGCUCUACAGAUUCUGAUGCGACCGAAUGCUUCACCUGUAACACAACUUUGUAUUCAAAUCAACCAACAACAUUCCCCUGACCUAUAUUACAGGGACAUCAUUUAGUGCUGCUGUUUAAGUGUCUAUUGAAAUCCCCAGUCAGUCGUCAGUUGCCGUUUCUGCUGGAGCUUCUGCUCUUUCUAAAAUAAACCAGCGGAAACAUC